UUCACAUGAGCACAGGUCAGACGCAGAGUCUCACCCAGCGCUCACAGAGGGACCAACACAGACUCCUGACAGCUCUCACUCUAAGUGGGAUUUACAUGAAUUUGACAAACUACCACUGAAGACAACUUUUUGUUUCGCUGCUGAAGUUCACCUUUACUCUGUGAAGAAAUGCCUCAAUCCAGGUGCACAACAGGAAGCAGUUUAGCACAAGUUCUUCGUUCGGGAGCUUCCUAUUUCCAUGAAUACCACAUGCAGGAUGUUCUGGUUUCCCUCCUUCAAUGAACAAAGACCAACCUGCACAAAGCAAUACAAGUAAUAAUCCUCCAAGAUGGCCGUCGCUUCAAUCUAUGUUACACAGGAGCCAGAAGCUGGCUCGGUUGAGGUGAACAUAUGUAUGCUGGAGAUGAAUAUCAAGUAUGAAGUCAUCUCAUCCGUUGUCUGCUCUGUUUGCCUCUCAUUCGGCCUCAUCUAUACGUUUUUCGGAUACCGCUGCUUCAAGAUGGUCAUGUUCUUCUCUGGCUUCAUGUUUGGCUCGACAACCGUUGUCUUGUUGCAACACAAGGAGCCCGCCUUGAACGCCCGGCUGGGGUCAGAGACAAAGGCAGGGAUCGGCCUUGGUGUGGGUGUUCUCUGCGGCCUCAUGACCAUGCUGGUGUCCACAAUGGGACUCCUCCUCAGCGGGCUGCAGCUUGGGAGCCUGUUCUCCCUCGCCAUCCUGGUGGUCAUCGCACAGUUUCACAGCCUUACUCCAGUGUGGGUGCCUCUCACUGCUGUGCUGGCCGCCAGCAUCGUCGCUGCUCUCUUCACUCUCCAGUGGCAGAAACUGUUCACCAUUAUCCACACAUCUGUGUUUGGAGCCGCCGCUGUGAUGCUAUGUGUGGAUUACCUGGUGGGGACAUUUACGCUGCCAGAUCUGGUGUAUGAUAUGUUUUGCCAAGUUGCCCCACGUCAACUCUGCUGGUUUAACUGGGCGAUCGCUGGGAUCUGGCCUUUUAUGGGUCUGAUAGGUGGGUUGGUGCAGUGGAGGUUUACUGCCAAUGGAGUAUCACACAGAGAAGCUUCACACAAAAAAUACAGGAAACAUGUUAACAAGCACAGUUAUAGGGAGUCAAGGAGAAGACCUCAACCACAUCGUCGACGCAGGCCUCCACCGUUGAAACGCUACGCUGGGGACGUCCUGGCGCCAAGUUAUCUCCAGAGCUUUCAGGAGCACCAGAUGGGAACGGGCUCCUCCUCCAGCAGCAGCGGCAGCACCAUCACACAUACUCUAAUUGACUUUGACUUUGAGACGGGCUCAAUGGUGCCUCUGACUGCUGCCACACCUGUCUACACAGUCUGAAGGAACACAGCAUCAGAUGUCUGAUACAUGCACAUAUCUAAUAAUUCAACAUUUAUUUUAAAUCUUCACUUAAUACAGACGCAAUUCAACCUUUUUUUUGCUAUUGUAAAUCCACUUUAACGAGCUUCCUCAGAUAAUCAUCAACAUGCUCACGGUGACAUUUCAGAUUCUCUGAGAUCAUCCACAAAAUGAUGACACAACAUGCACAGUCAUCAGACUUGUGAUCAUUGCUUCCUUAGAACAGUUUGAUCUCACCGAGCGGUUUUCUUUCACAGGAUGGGAUAAUAAUCAAAUACUACGUAACAUUGUGUCUAGAUAAGUUUGUGUUGUAAGUUGAAGUUUAAGUAUUACAGUUAUAGACAACAAAUUAAUUCCAACAUAUGUAAUUAAAUUAAGAAUAUACAUCGGGAAAAUGGUGAAUGUUUUUACAAUAAACCUAUAAACUAGUGAUUUGACUUGAAUUGGACAGGUUGAUUGUAUGCUGUUUUGGUGUAUUGUCUUAAAUAAAUGUUAAAGUAAAAAUGUGUAAGAAAUAAAACAACAACAAACAAAAACAGCCACGGUGCACAAAAGUGGCAUUAAGACUACCAAAUAAUGGUAAAUGCCAAAUAAUAAAAAACAUAAACGUAAAAACAGGCAUGAGUAGAGAAGAGUCAAUGGCAGUUACUCAAGUUUGCUUACAUAAGCUCACAUUACUUCUCAUAAGCAACGGGUCAUACCCAAAUAGCUACCUAUAUAGCCUCAUUCUGUAACUUGGUACUUCAAUCUACUAAAUAAUAUUUGCAAGUUUUUUAGCAAACAUUAGCCAGCAAUAUCGCUGUGAGAAGUCCUAUGGGUAUUUACAGAAUAAACUGUUAACUUUGGUUAGAAAAAUCUUCAUGAACGUCUAGAAGAAACAAACAGAGAGCUGGUGGUUACGUAAAAAUCCCAAUGGCUCUUUAUCGAGGGAACUAGUGUGAUGCUAACUUCUGGGGUUGGCCUACAAAAACACGUCAUCACUGAAGCAGUCUAUAGACCUCCAUGUCAAAAAGCCAAACUUCACAGCAGAAAUAAACCUGCAACAAAAAGUUGUUUUGAUCUCUCUAACAAAUAUACUAUUAUGACAACUGUACAUUUUGUACACAUUUUUAAUUAGGAUCGAGUAGGUGUUAUUUCAUCUUCAAGUAAUAAUAACUUUUAAGCUCCAAACAUUAGUUAUAAGGCCUUACACACCCAUGAGGCUGUUUUCAAUUACUUUGGCUGAGGUUGAAGUUGGAUAGUAAACAAGUAUUCAUUUUUAUUUGAUUAGUUUGUUUGAAAAGUAUAAUUCCACAUGUCAAACUAUAAAAUUCAAUAAUUUAAACUGCUGGGAUAUUUGGACAGAACAAAGCCAUCAUUAAUGUCAUUACUAACACCUGUGGUUUUCCCACUAUAAGUCAAAAUGUUUGCUUAGAAAAAAAGGCCUAUGGAUAGAAUACUAUGUAUUAAUAGUUUCAGGAUUAUUUCAGGAAUAUAACAUAUUGUAGAUGCCUAAUUAGUGGAUAACUUGUCUUAUUUUUUUUGCAUGUAUGUUAAUAGCUUCUUUUUGAAUAAUAAUAUAAACAAAAAAAGAAACAUCAAAUCAUGCAAAUAUCUAUUCUGUUGUUGAUUUCAUGCAGACUCUGUCAC